AUGUCUUUAUUGAAUCAAGGUAAUGAUGACAAUUGUAACACCUCUCAACUCACACAAGAAGAACAUGAUUUUGGUCAAUUGUGCAUUGAAAAUGGAAGUAAAUUUCUAAACGAAAAGGAAUACGAAAAAGCAAUUCAAGAAUUCACCAAAGCAUUGAAAUCAUUCGGUAACAGUUCAUUCGUUUAUGAUUUAAGAGCAUUAUCUUAUAUACUAAAUAAGGAAUAUGCAAAGGCGAUUGAAGAUUCCUUAAAAGCAAUUGAAUUAAAACCUAAUUGGGUGCAACCUUAUUUUAGAUUAGCAGUUGCUUAUUCUGUUUCUGGAAACUUGGAGAAGGCAAUUGAACAUUGUGAUAAGGGAUUGAAAAUUCAACCUCAACACAAAACCUUAAUGAACAUGAAAGAAGAUUUGACAAGUUUCAUUGAAAAGAAAGGAAAGGAUUCGUUCAGUAUUAUGGGAAAGGCAUCUGAUCAAGUUGUGGAAACUUUUGAAAAGAAAUUACCAGUCACUGUAUUGAGUGGAUUUCUUGGAAGUGGAAAGACAACUCUCCUUAAUCAUAUUUUGAGAAAUAAGGAAGGAUUGAAGGUUGCUGUGAUUGUUAAUGAUAUGAGUGAGAUAAAUAUUGAUGCAGAGUUGGUAAAUCAAGAAAGCUCCCUGUCACGUGUAGAUGAGAAAAUGGUUGAAAUGUCAAAUGGAUGUAUUUGUUGUAAUCUUAGAGAAGACCUCCUUCAAGAGGUUGGUAAACUUGCUUACCAAAGAAAAUUUGAUUAUCUCUUAAUUGAGUCAACUGGAAUUGCUGAACCACUUCCAAUAGCUCAAACUUUCUUCUUUCAAGAUAUGCAUGGAAAGAUGCUUUCAGAUUAUACCAAAUUAGAUACUCUUGUCACCGUUGUUGAUUCAUUCAGCUUCAUGAAAGAUUACAUGACAGGUUGUCAAAUUGAAAAUGAGUCAAAUAAGGCAAGUCUUAAAUCCAGAAAUAUGGCAGCAAGUGAAACAGAUGAGAGAAGAGUAGUUGAUUUAUUACUUGAUCAGAUUGAACUUGCUAAUGUUAUCAUUCUAAACAAGACAGAUUUGAAGUCAGCACUUGCCAAAAUUCAACAUUCCAAAAAUAGUAAUCAAGAUGAAAAACCACCUUCCAAAUUUGGAAAUUUAUUACAUGAACCACCAAAACAAACCAAAGAAAAAACCAGAGUGAAAACUAACUUUGUACUAACACGCAACGACUAUAUGGUAACAGCACUAGAAAAAAAAGCAGAAAAAGAAAAACAGAAAAGAAAGAAAGAGGAAGGAAAGACCCUUAGAGAAGCAAAGAAGAAAGCUUAA